UGACAACCAUCCGGAUCGCUGUUAACCCCAAACUCUCCAGGCUUCAUUCCUAUCACCACUGAUCCCUCUAUAUACAUACUAUUUAAUUAAUUGAUCGGACUGAAGUUGUGCCUACCAUGGAAAGCCUUACCCUCUACAUGCUCACUUUCAAUUGCGCCCGGAACCUCGUUGACGUCGACCGUUUCGCUCACCAUUUCUUCGAUGCACUGCCCCUCACCGACAGUUCAAGCGCUUCCGCGCCGCCGGAUUUCAUCGUACUAUCACUUCAAGAAAUCGCACCCAUCGCGUAUGCAUUUCUCGGUGGCUCUUUUCUGGCACCAUAUUUUGCUUCCCUGAGUCAGGUAGUGGAGCGCGCUGUGUCUAGGCGCUGGGAGACACAUUACGUCAAUAUGGUCACAGAUAAUAGUGGGAUGACGGGAUUGAUGGUGUAUGCUCGAUCCGAUGUGGCGGAACGUAUCUCUUCGAUUGAUACUGCCCGAGUCGGGUUUGGAUUCCAGCAAAUGGGCAACAAGGGCGCGGUUGGGGCACGGCUGUCCUAUGCGACGCAGAAAACCCCUGAUGACACAGUGGAUCUGACCUUCAUUGCCGCCCACCUUGCGCCCAUGGAGUAUGCCGUACGGCAAAGGAACGAAGAUUGGCGUAGUAUGGUAGAGCGAUUAGUGUUUGAUCGUGUGGCUGCUAAAGCCAGGGAGAAUGCUGAAACAGGGGACGACUCCGAGAGCACAGCCUUGCUAAACGGUUCUACACGGAGCUCCGGCGAUGAUUACCGGGGUAUCUUUAUUCCUACGAGUUAUCUCUUCCUGGCAGGCGACCUCAAUUAUCGCACUUCUAAUGCAUCGCCACGAAACGAGGAUUGGGCCCGGUUUCCGCAAGCGGAGGUGGAUCCAGCCGAUCCCCGUCAUUUCUCCCACUUGUUGAAAGAGGAUCAACUCAUCCAGGAGAUGCGACAGUCUCGAAGCUUCCAUGGCCUGUCAGAAGCCCCGAUAAACUUCCCUCCGACGUACAAAUACACAAAUGCUGCGCGUCAGGCUGCAGCUCGUGGCAGCGGCUCACAGGAGUGGCUGUGGACCAGUACACGCUGGCCUAGUUGGUGUGAUCGUGUGUUGUACCUGGAAACGUUGCCUGGUUUGGGCGAGGAAGCGCGGGUUAGGCCCUUAAAGUAUAACUCUCUUCCGCUGUUUCCGACGUCAGAUCAUCGCGCUGUCGCGCUGUCGGCUUCCGUUCCUGUGCCGUCAAGGCGUCCAGCAGAUGCAACGCAGUCAGCAAUCCCGUUUCGGAUUGACCCAGAAUGGUCGAGUAAACGAGAUGCCGCGCGGAGAAAAGAGCUCGUAGUAGGCUGCCUAGCAUAUUUGGGCUUGACCUGGGAAGGGAAUGGUCUGUUGGUGGCCUCGGUAAUUGGAGUACUAGGGGCAUGGCUUGUGCUUCGAUCGCUGUUUAAUGCCUGAACUCUACGCUACUUGGAGGUGUACUGACAGUUGCAUUAAGAUCUUGGCCCCAAACGCUCUGCCCCAUGCCGAUCAUUCUUGAUCUCUUGCCCAAGAAAAGCCAUGAACUAUGAAAAAUGGGGCAACCCGUUUCACACUCAAACAUCGGGACUGCUAUCUGCCGUGCCCUGCUUGGAUUGAAUCAACACUCUGCAGCCUGCACGUCAUCUGAUACUUGACCCAGAGGACAGCGGCAGUGCGACUGACUGUCAUUGUGUCAGAGCGGCGGUGCAUCAUCUGUUUCAUGGUCUGAAGACAAGCGUUCUGUAUCGGACGUCAGUGCUUGAUGGGUCAAACGAGCCCAAAGCUGAUCUAGACCGGUCUGGA